AUGCGAGCUCAAUGCCCUGGCGAAACCCGCUCGCUAGACCGCGAGCGCGCAUUGAACACCACAGCCGCUCUCGCGCUAAGCCCGAGGACUCACGUGAGGAGUUAUUCUCCUGGCUCUUCCCCCCAGUCCGCGGAAGGAACAUGGGCGGAAGCUGUCGCGGCCGGAAGGCGGAAACACGGCGAGCACCCUGCGGCCGCGCUGUCCCCCUUGGGAUGCGGUUCCGCCUCCGCGCUACAUUCCCCGUGCGGCGGCGGCGGCGGCGGAAGCCCUGCGUGGCGCCCCGCCGCGCUGGCGGCGGUGCGCAGCCCGCUCGCGCCCGUCGUCCGCCACAGGGCGACCGCGUCGGUCGACAUGGAGGAGCUAUGGGCGGAAGAAGCUUCCGACGAAACUGGCGGCGCAGCGCGCCGGCCGCGGAGAAAUCGGAUGAUCAUCCGACGCGCGCGAAACAAGUCCUCCGACUUCUCCUCGCUUCGCAGCGCGCUGGGCGACGAAAAGCCGCCGCCGGGGAGCGCCGACGCGGGCAGCGACCGUCGCGCCGCGACCGGGUGGGUCCCGGCGGCGCCGUCGUGGGAGGGAGAAGCUCCGGACUCCGCCGAGCCGCAGCCCCUCUCCGCUGAGGGGAGCGACGCUUCCGCGGCCGCGAGACCGUCGAUUAUCAGCCGACGCCCCGCCGCGACGGCGAUCCGCAAGCUGCGCAUUUUCUCCAACCGCGGCAGCGGCCGGGAUUCUGCGCUUGCCGCCGCAGCGGGAAACGGCGUGGUUCUCGACGGACUCGAGGGCGUUUCCGCGCAGCCGAGUCGCACGCGCGAUAGAGUGACCGCGAGUUCCGCGGCCGGCGGCGGCGGCAGCGGCGGCGGGGCUAUUCCGAAGUCCCCUCCGCGGCAGCGGGGACGGGCGGGAGUAGGGGCGGCGCGGCGAAGAAGCUUCAGCGGAUCCGCGGCGGAGCCUGUGACGGUUGUUCCGUUUGUGCGACAAGAGCAGGGGGACAAGCAGCGGCAGUCGCCGCAGGAGUCGUCGCAGCCGUCGCACGUCAAGCGGAGUCUUAGCAGCAGCGGAGCUGAGGGGCGGCAGGAAGCGGCAGGGCCGCAGGAUAUAGCCGACGUGCUCUGUGCGCCGCCGCUGCCAGGGCGUAGUGGCGAAACGAAACGCAGUGGCGAAACGGAUGGCGAACAAUCUCGAGGGCAGCAGCAGCGGGCCGAGUCGUAUCAUGAGGAGCUGGCUCUGGAUUUGAUGGAUUACUUUGGUGACAUUGCGCAGUCGUGGAGCGUUGAUAGCUCAAGCCGCGAAUGCGACUCGGUACAAGACGAAGCGGAGGCUGUUGCUGGUAAGGUUAAAACCCUCUUUGGGGAGGUGGACGGGGGAGAAGGGGAGAGGCGAGCGAAGGGAAUGGAGGGGGGAGGACGAGCGGGGGGAAUGGAGGGGGACGGACGAGCGGAGUCAUGGCGCAUGUGCAGUCUAAGUAGCGGCGUAAACACUGCAGGCGCACACAGCCGAAGCCCGCACACUAGAAACCACCACUCCCCACACCUGCCGCACCCAUCUGCACCAUUCCCUUCUGCCCCGUCGUCCUCCACCACGUCGCCAACCAAUCACCAUCAUCUUCGCGGCAUGCUGACUCAGCAGCAGCUCGUGUCGCUCCUUCAGCAAGCCACGGACUCCGACGCGUUUCCCCCCUCUUUCCGCCGAUACCCGCUUUCGUACCUUCGCGCGCAGGGAAUCUCAGUCCCAGGCGACUUUUUCUGCCCACUAUCCCUCGACAUAAUGACCGACCCCGUUAUAAUCGCAUCCGGUCAAACGUUCGAGCGCGCGGAGAUCGAGCGGUGGUUUGGCGAGGGGAAGCGCGUGUGCCCUGUCUCCGGGCAGCACCUCGAAAAUCUCACCGUCGUGCCGAACAACUCCCUCCGCAGCGUCAUCUCCGCGUGGUGCCUCGGCAACGGCAUCAGGCUCGGCGCGGAGGAUCGCACCAACCCUACCGCAGGCCAGCUCGCCGAGCCGAAACGCCGAGCCUCGUUCCACGCCGGCCCGUCGACAUCCUCUCCUUCGAGAUCGUUUUCGAGCAAUGCCGGCCGCGAAGCCCGCCGGCAGUCCAGCGGCUCGUACGAGCAGAGCCCCUCCGCGUCGCCCCGGUGCCCUAUUUGGCCCGUGUCGGCCUCGGUAUCCUCGCAGUCUCCCUCCGCAUCUCCCGCGUACACGCCUGCUAAGAGCACCGGCAGUCCUGGCAUGCGGCGCGACUGGAAUCAAUAUCCCGGGAGGGACGAGUGGAGCGGCCCGCAGCCGCGCCGCGACGAGUGGUCGGGGCCGCAGUCGGUCGAGUUUGCGAUGCAAUCCGGCAUAGCGUCGCAGGCGGCCGUCCCGUCGCAGGCGGAAGUGUCGCACGGUCACGGCGCUGGCUCUCCGGCGCCGCAGGAGAGAGACAGUGGCGGCGGCGGUGGCAGACUGCCGAAUCGCAUGCGACACUCCCUAGGCUCGCAGUCUAUGCGCUACGAUUAUCCCGAGCACGCGUCGCGGUCGCCGCAGUCGCAUUCCCUAAUCUCCUGGGAUCACGACGGGGAUCAAUCGGACCGGCAUCAUCAACCAGGAAUGAAUCCCGCUCUAGCGUACAUGACGCCAAACCAUCCCGUAGCGUCCGUCUACGUCACUAACGCGGCCGGCAGCCCGUCGGUUAGCCGGUUCUCCUCGCGCGACAUGUACCUCACGUUCGCGCGCUCGUCCACCUGCAACUCGAGCUCCAACAGCCGGUCGUUACUCUUAGGCCGGCAGCACGGCACCGCGCCGCCGGAGCGUGAGGGCGCCCCGAGCGAGGGCGGCGCGGGCGAGCGCAUGCUGACUCGCGGCGGAAACCUCGCGGCCGGGCGGAGCCAGAGCCAGAAGGAGCGCGCGCCGGGUGGAAGCAGAGCGGGGAUGGUGCGGACGGAAGAGGAGGAGCACGCGCGGCUGCGCAUUCCGGAGCUCGUGCGCCAGAUGCAGGGCGUGGGCGCGGGGCGGGGAUCGGGGGACAGCGAGACGCUGCUGGUUCGUGAGCGGCAGCGCGAGGCGGCGGAGGAGCUGCGCAUGAUGGUGAAGGAUUCGCGCGCGAACCGGGAGAGCGUCGUCGCGGCAGGCGGCGGCGUGCUCUCCGCGCUGAUUAAUCUCUUCUGGAGCGAGGACGAGGCGACCGUGGAGCACGCGGUCACGACGACUUUAAAUCUCUCGUUGACGUCGUCGUCGCACGCGCCGCUGAUUGGCCAGGGCGUCGUUCCCGCGCUCGUCGCGGUGCUCUCGGGCGGCGCCGCCGCAUCAUGCUGCUCGUCGCCCGUCUCGUCGCCGAGUGUCGCAGGGUCCAGAGCGGGGCAGCGCCAGUGGGGGGAGAACUUGACCGCAGCUGGCGCGGCGGGCGGAAACGAAAUUGGUGAAGUGAGACUGGCUGUUUCGCAGCAGGCGCAGGAAAACGCAGCAGCUGCGCUUUUCGCGAUAACGUCUUCGUCGGAUGCGAAUAAAUUACUCGUUGGUUCGACACCGGGAGCCAUCGCAGGGCUGACGGCGAUGCUUUCGCCGCAACCGUGGUCGCUUCGCGGACGAAAAGAUGCGGCUUUAGCUUUGUUUAACUUAUCCCUAUCGGAGAAAAACCGAGCUUCACUAAUGUCCGCGGGUGUAGUUCCGAAGUUACUGUCUAUGUUACAAGAAUACGGCUCGGGGUUGGAGGAGAAAGCCACGGCGGUUCUCGUGAAUAUCGCGAAAACGCCCGCGGGUUGCGCGGCGAUACAGGUGGCGGGGGGGAUUGCGCCGCUGGUUGAAGCGUUGGAAAGCGGAUCCGCGCGCGGAAAGGAGGACGCGGUUGCGGCGCUGCUGAUGCUGGCGGAAGACGAGAGCCGGCGGGACGAGAUUCUCGAGGAGGGGGUGAUGCCCACGCUGGUCGCGCUGCAACAGUCCGGCACUCCGCGCUCGCGCGUCAAGGCUGCUCGUCUGCUGGCAAUCUUCCGGUCCAAGAAAUGA